CUAUUUUGAACCUUGCUAUAUAUAGAUAAUUUUGUUUUUCAUUAUCAACUUAUAAAUCAACCAUUUCGGUAGAUUUCAUUCAUAUUUACUUCACUUUCUUCUUAAAGGCAUCAUUCGUUUGAUUUUCAGCUAAAUUUACCAUUGAGAUCAUUGAGAAAUCAAGCUCUGAUCAAACAUCACAGAAUUCAUUCAAUAUCAAGUUUUAACAGUAGGUCUUUUUGAUAAAAUUCAGAUCACAGCAUUGUCAGCUAUAGGAUUGUACUAUUGGCAUUCUAAAGUCUUAUUUCGACAAAAUAGCCAAAGAUCGUUAAAGAUCAUUGCUACAUUAAUCAAUUCAUAAUCAAAUUCAAAUACCACUGUAAUGGCACUUUAUCCACUUCCCACGAAUCUCAAGUUGAUCUUUUUCUUCGAUUGCGUAUCGGCAACAUUAUGGUUCUGUUGUCUUGUUCGCUUGCUAAUCCUACUUCCACUCGUGGGUAGAAGAUUUCUCCCUGGAGGAAUUGCUGAUUUCUUUCACGUAGUGGCACUUCUUCCGCUAUUUGGAUUCUUCGUAGUGAAUUCAUUGGGCAAUAGGAAACUUUUCCUCAAAGAUGCCUGGUCUUUGGCCAAUGGUAUUCGAAUGGCAUGGAUCUGCUACGGUGUGAUCUUUGCCCAUCCUAAAAUCGCUAAGCAUACUUCGUACUCCAUACUUAUACUAUCCUACUGUUUGUCUAACUUUAUCCACUUCAGUUACCUUGCAUUUAGAACCAAAACAAGAAGUUCGCCUUGGUUACUUUUCUGGCUUCAGUAUACCCAUCAUUACAUAACUUUUCCACUCACCAUGGGUGCGGAAAUGGUGCUUAUCUUCUUAAGUCUUGCUUUUGUUGCUGAGGACCUGAUCUACGAAGUGGCACUCAAAGCUGUUCUUCUAGCGUAUGUUCCUAUUGGCUAUCUAGCUUUUAACUACUUGGGAAAACGUAGAAAGGAAAGAUAUACGCAGGUCAUGAAGAAAAGAAUCCAAGCCAGGAACUCGGCUGCCAACUCCACAGUGCCGACUGCUGCUGUAUCUACUUCUGGAGUUGCUGGUGUGACUGAGUCUCAUGAGUUGAGAGAAUUGAACUAAAUAAGCUGCACAAAAAAUUGCACCCAAAUUCAUUCAAUGAAAAUUUAUUCAAUUAUUGGCUGAGUCUCGAAUUUUUAUAGAAUCCACGGUUCGAAACUAGACCAAUGGAUCGUAUAGCUUAUAUGAUACUAAAUUGCUUUCUAGU